AUGGGAGAAUGGGAGAGAGGGGCAUGGCCUGGUGGAUCUGGGCAGUGCGUAUGUCGGAUUUGGGCGGCGUGGGGAUCAAAUAGACGGCGGCGGCAUGGGAGAAUGGGAGAGAGGGGCAUGGCCUGGUGGAUCUGGGCAGUGCGUAUGUCGGAUUUGGGCGGUGUGGGGAGAUCAAAUAGAGAGACGGCGGCGGCAUGGGAGAAUGGGAGAGUGGGACAUGGCCUGGUGGAUCUGGGCAGUGCGUAUGUCGGAUUUGGGCGGCGUGGGGAUCAAAUAGAGAGACGGCGGCGGCAUGGGAGAAUGGGAGAGAGGGGCAUGGCCUGGUGGAUCUGGGCAGUGCGUAUGUCGGAUUUGGGCGGUGUGGGAUCAAAUAGAGAGACGGCGGCGGCAUGGUAG